AUCGGUCCCUGUCUCCCGCUCGUCCCCCCACACUCUUGUUAGGAUAGCCAGCCAAUGCAAACUGCUAUUUGAGAUAUCUUCACGUUCAAAAUUUUAUUGCAAUCUCAUUUUCGUUGUACAUGCUCCCCCAAUCGGAGUGUGUUCAGAUGUCGACGUAAUCUUCUUUGCUCCGAUACGGUUCCAUAUUUAAAGGGUGGCAGCAGCUAGAACUCUCAGCAAUUUACUCUCUUUUGAAAUGUCUGCUACUUACACUGCUAUCACUACUCUUAACACUGGCGCCAAGUUGCCUUUGGUUGGUCUCGGCACCUGGCAAUCCCAGCCCAAUGAGGUCUACGAAGCCGUUUUGACUGCUAUUAAGGCGGGAUACCGCCAUAUUGAUACCGCUUGGAUUUACGGUAAUGAAAAGGAAGUUGGUCAAGCCAUCAAGGACUCUGGUGUCGAUCGUCAGUCAUUGUUUGUCACUACCAAGCUCUGGAACAACGCCCAUUCUCCCCAAGAUGUUGAGAAGGCUCUCGAGCAUUCCCUCAAGAACUUGCAAUUGGAGUACUUGGACUUGUAUUUGAUGCACUGGCCUGUUGCUUUCAAGUCUGGUGCUAGCGCCGUGCCCAAGGAUGCCGAUGGAAAGGUUGAGCUUAGCCCAGUCGACUACACUGAGACUUAUGCUGCAAUGGAGAAGCUUGUUGGCGAUCGUGUCCGAGCCAUCGGAGUGUCCAACUUCACUAUCACCAAGCUUCAGAGACUCUUGAAGACCGCUCAAAUCACACCUGCUGUCAAUCAGGUUGAAUUGCAUCCUUAUCUUCCCCAAACCGAACUUUUGGACUUCUGCAAGCAAAACAAGAUCCACGUCACCGCAUACUCUCCCCUCGGUUCCACUUCUGGCCCUGUCCAGCAAGAGCCUGUCAUUUUGGAGCUUGCCAAGAAGUACAACGUUGAGCCCGCUCAAGUUUUGAUCUCGUGGGCUGUUAAGAGAGGCACCAGCGUUUUGCCCAAGUCCGUCACUGCAUCCCGUAUUGUCAACAACUUCAACGAGGUUCCUCUUACUGCUGAAGAUGUGGCUGCAAUUGACGCUAUUGGUACCAACAACCCUCCCCGACGUGUUGUCGAUCCUUCCGCCUCAUGGGGUUCUGACAUCUACGAUGCUGGUGCCAAGUUGUAAAAGACCAAAAAAAAAAAUGGCUGCAGUAUCGCUUAUAAAUAUGGCUUGAUAGAUUUUCUUUACGUCUUGCAAUCAAAAU